UCCCUGGAUCUCUCUGUUUUCUGACAUUGCCGUGAAAGUCUCAAACGCUCGUCCUAUAAAGCAAAUCAUUACAAAAAGAAACACACUUUUGUCCGAAAGUUUAGCUCUUUGAAACGCGUCAGGGAAAGAGAAAACCACAAGACUCUCUCUUACCUCUUUUCUCUGUUUUUUCUGUGUUGAGUUUCUUUUUUUGUUUGUUUUCUUGGAAAAUGAUGUGUUAUGAAAACGAAUCAAACCUGGACCGGUUCCUUCGCUGCACAACACCAGUCGUCCCUUCGCUUUCCCUCCCAAAGACACAGAUCAAGAACCUGAAUCGUCUGUGGUACCCUUCGGAGAGCGAGAGCGUUGAUUAUUUCAGGUUAAGUGAUUUUUGGGAUUGUUUCGACGAGUGGAGCGCAUACGGUGCAGGUGUUCCCAUCUUGUCGGAAACCGGCGAGACAUUGGUCCAAUACUACGUUCCUUACCUCUCUGCUAUCCAGAUUUUCACUUCUCAUUCUGCUCUUAUUACCCUAAGGGAUGAGACUGAGUCUGGGGACUCAGGGAGCGAGACGUGUAGCGAGGAAUGGAGAUGGGAAGGAUGGUCGUCGUCAGAGGAAGGAGUGGAUCAUCAAGAACCUCUCGAUCGUCUCGGUUACUCUUACUUGCAGUAUUUCGAGAGAUGUACUCCUUACUCUCGGGUCCCUCUCAUGGAUAAAAUCAAAGGGUUGGGAGAAAGGCAUGCAGGCUUGUGGUCAUUGAGGAGUGUUGAUCUGUCUCCUGCAAGUUGGAUGGCUGUUGCUUGGUAUCCAAUCUAUCACAUCCCCAUGAACCGAAGCAUAAAGGACUUGUCUACUUGCUUCCUCACUUACCACACACUUUCUUCAUCUUUCCAAGAUGUGGAGAAAGAGAAGAGGGAAAGGAUAAGUGUUGGUGCAUUUGGGAUGGCCACUUACAAAACGCAAGGGAGACUAUGCGACAAUGAUAGAUUGCUUUCCCUUUUGAGCGUAGCAGAUUCUUGGUUAAAGCAGCUAAGGGUCCACCACCAUGACUUCACCUACUUCACCACUACUCCUUAUCAUCUCUAAUAACAGCAUAGUGUUUUUAGAUUGAGUCUUGGUUAACAAUCUAUUUAGUUUUGUGUGUUUAAGAGUAGCUAGAGAUAUCAAUAACGUUGAACAACAUUUGGAAGUCUUAGAAAACAACAUGCACUGACUUUUUCUUCAAAAUGUUUUCAUCUUAGAUUUGGUUUUGGGUGUGUAUGAUUAUGGGCAUAAUACAUUUUAUUCUUUUCUAAUGUUUUAUGGCUUUUCUGUUUUGUAUAAACGCCGGUUCUCGUGAUUUUGCUU